AUGGAAAGAUCCUCGUCCCGCCCACCUAUGGUUUCAUACGGUUCAUUUGCGACUACCACCACAGAACCCCCAGUAGUAUCAAUGUUUAGGUUACUUUCAUAUCCGCAAGUGGAGUCACCGCAAGCUAGGUCCCCAGGCAAUGCAUCGCCUUCUGGACGCACACGAGGGCAGUUCGCCUUGAAGGAUUUCAAAGCUGAGGUCAUUGACGGCAUUGGCGAGAUUGUCGACGAACUAAGCCAAGUGGAGGACCAAAUCGCCAGCUACGCCCUAGAGCACAUCCACUCCGACGAGGUCAUACUCACCUACACUUCGUCCGUGACGGUGCAUAAGUUCUUAUCGAAAGCUGCAGCCAAGCGAAAGUUUACAGUGAUUCAUGCUGAGUCCUAUCCCAACAGCCAUCGCGAGACACAUGCGGUCGUGGCCGGGCGGCCGCCUGCGAGGAGUGGAGACGAGGAGAAUUUAAGUCCCGAAUCGUUCCAGAAGUCACUCACCGAGCUGGGCGUAACAGUGAUUCUAAUCCCUGACUCGGCAGUUUUCGCACUAAUGUCACGGGUCAAUAAAGUCAUCCUUGGCACGCAUUCGGUGCUGGCAAACGGUGGACUAGUGUCAGAAGCUGGAACUAGAGCGAUUGCGAAUGCAGCAAAAGUGCACAAAAUCCCAGUCAUUGUCGUUAGCGGGAUAUAUAAACUCAGCCCCGUAUACCCGUUUGACUACGAAUCGCUCAUCGAGUAUGGUGAUUCGAGCGCCGUGCUGCCAUAUGAAGCUGGGGACCUGGAGAAAAUUGACGUUGAGAACCCGCUAUAUGAUUAUGUCCCGGCUGAGCUCGUCGAUCUCUACAUUACAAAUCUGGAACAAAUCAAGAAUGCUUGGAAUGAGUGA